CUCCAAGUGCUGCCCUCCGCCUCCGGCCUCCUCCAAGUGCUGCCCUCCUCUCCUCCUCGUUUAAUGCCCCUCUUUGCGUUCUGCAUGCUUUUCCCAGCUUCUCUUCUUGCCCCCUGUUGCGGUCCUUUAUAUACUUGUCUCCGUCGAGGCUUGCCAUUCUCUUUCAUUCCUGCCAUCCAAGCCCUUCUCCCUCAUCCCCUUUGAGCUUAAACCUUCUGUGACUGCUUCCUCUAUGCCCAGCGUUCUGUCUCCUGCAGCGGUCUGUCUUCUUCCUCCCCGUAUGAGACCCUUCCCAAACAAGAUGAUUUAAACGCUGUCACGGGGCAAUGUUCCCACUGAGGGCAUCCAUCACGCCAUGAGAACAUGCAGGAGUGUGGAGCUGAGGCAUGGCUGCCAGGUGGGAAACAUGGACCAGAAGCACGGACACGAAAGCUCCCUUCACCGACCCGUCCCGGCUGCCGACUCUUCUUCCCGUCGAGCUGUUCAGGCUGCCGUCCAGUCAUCAAAGCAGCAGAAGCGGAGACCUAGGAGUCUGUGCUCGGUUGGGAAUGGACUCGUGGGACACAAAGCAGAACAGGGUUCGAGCUCCUUGGGAGGGCUGCUGGACUUUCUGAAGCUGAAGUCAGGGAGACGAUAUGACCCGGCUGGAAGCUGCAAGUCGCCGGCCUCCCCGGCCUAUCCUGAAACAAACAUGCCCCGGCAUCGCCCCCUGAGCAUGAGUGUCCUGGAUAUACACCGCCUCGGCAGGGCUCAGGUGGGUGGCUCAUUUGAAAGGGUCCCCGGUCCUGGUGGCUUCAGCCGCAGCAGUUCCGGCUUCCUGCGGGGAACGUCACUAUGGAGCAGCCAGCGAUGGAACGUGUUUGGCAGCAAAACUUCCGAAGAGCAGCCAAGGAGGAACUUCUCCUCUCUGCGCAAGAGCUUCAGCUUCCGAGUGCGCCGGGGCAUGGAGUCCAGGAGGGCCGAAGAGGUGCGCGAGAGCCGAGUGCGGAGCCGCAGCGAAGGGGACACCUGCUCCCUGCACGCUGCUUCUUCACGAAGGGACCUCAUCGGUACAGAGAGCUCGGCUACCAAGAACAAGGACAGCGGACACAGCCUGUGGAGACUACUUACCGGCCCUUUCCGGAAGAAGGAGUACGUCACAGGGAGCGCGGGAACCCAGAGAGGCAGAGCUGCGGAGCCCGUGCUGGUAGGGGUGACGCGGACGGGGAGCCGAGCGACCCGAGGCUUUGGGGAUUCGUUUGUGAACAGCCAGGAGUGGACUCUCAGCAGAUCCGUCCCGGAGCUCAAAGUGGGGAUUGUGGGUAAUCUCUCCAGUGGGAAGUCAGCGCUGGUGCAUCGGUAUCUAACAGGAACAUACGUGCAGGAGGAGUCACCUGAAGGGGGCAGAUUUAAGAAAGAGAUUGUGGUCGAUGGGCAGAGUUACCUUCUGCUGAUCAGAGAUGAGGGCGGCCCCCCGGAAAUGCAGUUCGCUGCCUGGGUGGACGCCGUCGUCUUUGUUUUCAGUCUGGAGGAUGAGAUCAGUUUCCAGACCGUGUUUAAUUAUUACGCCCGUCUGUCCAGUUACCGCAACACAGCCGACGUCCCGAUGGUCCUCGUAGGAACGCAAGAUGCCAUCAGUGCCACCAACCCGCGGGUGAUAGAUGACGCUCGGGCUCGGAAGCUCUCCAACGACUUGAAACGCUGCACUUACUACGAGACAUGCGCCACCUACGGGCUGAAUGUGGAGCGCGUCUUCCAAGACGUGGCGCAGAAGGUGGUGGCUAUACGGAAAAAGCAGCAGCUCUCCAUUGGUCCGUGCAAGUCCUUGCCCAACUCGCCCAGCCAUUCGUCCGUGUCUGCAGCCUCCAUCCCCUCCAUGCACAUGAACCAGGCCACCAAUGGUGGGGGGACGUUCAGCGAUUACUCUUCCUCCGUGCCGUCCACCCCCAGCAUCAGCCAGCGUGAGCUUCGCAUUGAGACCAUCGCUGCGUCCAGCACUCCGACCCCAAUCCGCAAACAAAGCAAGAGACGCUCCAACAUCUUCACAUCUCGGAGGGGAGCAGAGGUGGACAGAGAGAAGAGGGCCCCGGAAUGUAAAUCUGAGAGUGUUGGCAGUGGAAGAGCCAUUCCUAUCAAACAGGGGGUCCUUCUGAAGAGAAGCGGGAAGUCCUUAAACAAGGAGUGGAAGAAGAAGUAUGUCACCCUGUGUGAUAACGGUGUCUUAACCUACCAUCCGAGCCUUCACGACUAUAUGCAGAAUAUACACGGGAAGCAGAUUGAUUUGCUUCGGACAACCGUCAAAGUUCCUGGAAAGAGACCACCCAGGGCAACGAGUGGGCCCCCUGGAGCCAGCAGCCAGCUCACGUCACACACAGGGUCCUCUCAUUCGUCUCUGCCGUCCGAGCGGUCACUCAGCGGUCUCAGCCUGGCCGCUUUCAGUGCUAAGAGUGAAGGAGGUGGCAUGUCUCAGAGGUCUUUCUCGGUGUGCAGCGGGGAGCAGUGGGCCGACACGGUCACAGGCACUUGUCCGAGUGACUCCCUCAGCCCUGCAUCCAAUGUGGGUGGCACAGCGAGCCCAAAACAGGAUCCACCACCUUCUCCGCAUGCCAACCGCAAGAAACAUCGCAGGAAAAAGAGCAGUGGACCCCCGCGUUCUGAGGGGGUCCCCAACACAACAGAUGAGCCUGAGGAGUCGUAUGGCUUUGUUAUUGUGUCGCUUAGUGGUCAGAGUUGGCACUUUGAGGCAUCUCUGUACGAAGAUCGUGAGCUGUGGGUCCAGGCCAUAGAGAGUCAGAUUCUGGCCAGCCUUCAGGGCUGCGAGAGCACCAAGAACAAGACCCGUCUCGGAAGCCAGAGCGACGCUCUUGCGAUCCAAUCGAUUCGGAGCGUGCGGGGAAACAGCUUAUGUGUUGACUGUGACACCCCCAAUCCUGACUGGGCGAGUCUUAACCUGGGUGCCCUAAUGUGUAUCGAGUGCUCAGGGAUUCACCGCAAUCUGGGCACUCACUUAUCCCGCGUCCGUUCCCUGGAUCUCGAUGACUGGCCGGUUGAACUUACUAUGGUCAUGAUGGCGAUUGGGAACAGUCUCGCCAACAGUAUCUGGGAGCAUUCAACGGAGGGAUACAGCAAGCCUGCCCCAGAGAGCUCCAGGGAGGAGAAGGAGCGCUGGAUCAGAGCCAAGUACGAGCAGAAGCUGUUCCUGUGCCCCCUGGACGCCUCAGACGUUCCUCUGGGGCAGCAGCUUCUGCGAGGCGUGGUGGAGGAUGAUCUACGAAUGGUGGUCACGCUGCUCGCUCACGGAACCAAGGAGGAGGUGAAUGAGACCUACGGCGACGGAGAUGGACGAUCAGCUCUUCAUUUGUCAGCAGCCAUGGCUAAUGUGGUGUGCACACAACUCCUCAUUUGGUACGGCGUUGAUGUGAAAUGCUGUGACGCGCGGGGUCUCACCCCACUCUCCUACGCGCGGCGAGCUGGCAGCACAGAAUGUGCCGAUAUCCUGCUCCAGUAUGGCUGUCCCAGCGAUGGGUGCAGUCCUACUCCCGGCCUGUGACUGGACGCUGUCCACCCCGACUGCCCUUAUCUUCUGCACUUCCAGACUCCUAGCGCUGUGUGACUCUGCCGCUGGCCUCCUCGGCCGGCACUCGGUGACCUGUGUUUGCCUUCUGGUCCAUCUCGAUGCACAGGGUUUCUUGGCUGUUGUGGCCUUUUUUAUUUCCCUUCUCAGGAUACUGGAUUUUGCUCUGCAGCGAUCCAUCAGCUCCGCACCUUUCCAGGCAUGCGCGCCCCGUUCUCUUAUUAUCACACUCUUAAUCACUGCUGUCACGGCUGAAUAAUAUAAAUCAGCCCUGCACAGGGGUAACGGCCUCAGAUCUUUACACUGUGCUGCUAUGUUUAUACAGUGUACAGGACUGAUAUAUAUCGGUGUCUGUGUAACAUGCCAGACAUGACAUAGUGUUUAAGUAUGUGCGUGUACCCGGUAUUGAGAUGUUGGCAUGUACCCCGCUGUGUUUAUAUAUGUAAUACACACACACUAACCUGUGCUGCUCCACACCACUAGUGGGCCUCAGGGUGAGGGGUAGUUUUCUGCCAUAAUGUGAUAAGUUGCCUUUACAUAACAUUAGUCUCUUACGCCCCUCAGUGGUUCGGGAAC